CCACAACACCCAACAUUACUCUCCAGUGCGUGGGAAAGGAGAAGGCGUUAGUAGGUCAAAAGCGAAAAGUCGAAAAUCAAAAUGGUUAAUUGACAUUUAGGCUUAUUUCGUUGCAUUUGUUUACAUGCUGUGUGGCAUAGACAAUGCUGUUAUGCGUUUUCACUGUUAAUCACAGUUAAUAUAUUUGUCCGGUGUAAAUUACAUAGAAAAUGGAGGCGGAUUAUCAACCCAAGUUUAGCCCCUCUCGCAACUUGUUAGCUCAUCAUGACAGUGACGAACCGUAUCCAAGUCUGUCUGAUUACCAUGACUAUGAGCCAAAUCUUGAGUUUGACGACACGGAACUACAGCACACUGCUGUUGACGGAGAACUUGCCGAAAAACUUGUCGAGGCUGGUGGGCUAGACUACUUGGAAUCACCUGUAUCGGAUGGAACAAUUGAAGAGAACUUUGAAGAAGAGCUUGUUAACGCACCAACCUUAGCUGCUGGUAUGGAUAGUCUUUCAUACCCAUUUCUUGAUGAAGAUGACCCUGAAGAUGAAGAAGAUUUUAGUGAUGUAUCUCGUUAUGGCAUUGUGGACGUAGUUGGUGAUGAUACAGUGGGCAGAAAAAUUAUUGUUGUAUCCGCUUGCAAACUACCAAGCAAUAAGGAGUUGGAUCAUACUCGUUUAUUAAGGUAUUUAAUGUACACCCUUGACAAAUACGUGGAACAAGACUACAGUCUUGUGUAUUUUCAUCAUGGUCUGACGAGCAAAAAUAAACCACCACUUUCAUGGUUGUGGCAAGCAUAUCGUGCCUUUGACCGCAAAUACAAGAAGAAUUUAAAAGCCCUUUAUCUAGUCCAUCCAACAAAUUUCAUACGUGUUGUUUGGCACCUAUUCCGAGCUGUCAUAAGUGCCAAAUUUGGUCGGAAAGUGAUGUAUGUUAAUUACCUACAAGAGCUGUCUCAACAUUUGGACUUGGAUCAGCUUUGUAUUCCUCAAGCUGUUAUUGAACAUGAUGAAAGGGUAGCUGUACGAAGCAAUCGUUCUACCGUGCCCAGAACAAGUGGUGCCACACCAUCUCCUGCAUCAAGUCCUGUACAAAGUAGAUUUAUCACUCAACAAUUUGGUGUAUCUUUGCAAUUUAUCAAAGACAACCAUGGAGGAGAGGUGAUUCCUCCAAUCAUGCGUCAGUGCAUUGAAUUUCUCAGCCAACCUGAUGCACUAGAAACAGAAGGCCUUUUCAGAAGGUCAGCAAAUGUUACUUUGGUUCGAGAACUUCAAGCUAAAGUAAAUCAAGGAGAAAAUAUUGACUUCCAUAGUGACGUCCACAUAGCUGCUGUAUUGCUUAAAACAUUUCUUCGUGAGCUGGAAGAACCUCUCAUGACUUUUGACCUUUAUGAUGAAAUCGCUCAAUUCCAGGUGUUGCCUCGAGAUGAUCGACCCAAACGAGUGAAAGUUUUAAUUCUAGAGAAGUUACCAGAAGAUAACUAUCAAAUUCUUAAAUACCUUGUUCAAUUCCUUUCUAAGGUAAUGGAUCGUUGUGAUCUUAACAAAAUGACAUCUUCAAAUCUGGCUGUUGUAUUUGGUCCUAACCUCGUGUGGGCACAGACCGGCCAGCUGUCCUUAAGCAACAUUGGUCCAAUUAACAUGUUCACAGAUUUUGUACUCACUCAUCAUGAAUCUAUAUUCAUCAUCUGAGGAGGAUAAGUAUGAAGUCAACCUUUUGCGUAAUGCUGUGUAUCCGUACCUGUUACAGAAAAUUCUGCUGUGUUCUAGUGUCUUGCUUGUUCUAUGUGGUUGGCUGACAUAAUAUUUGACAUACACAUAAUUAAAUUCAAUAUACGUAUCAGCUUAGCUGAGCAGCUUCAUUAAUGAUUAGAAUGUAUGUUUACUGUUUUUUUGUAAAUCUACAUUGUGUCUGGGGAUCUUUUAUCUUUCUUUUCUCUAUUCUCAAGACUUCGUGUUUAUCUUGGCAGUACAUAAGCUUUUUCUGCCAUUCAGUCAUAAAUCUUUGUAGAAGAUUGUAUUGUCUUUUUAUAAAAAGUCUACAAAAAUUACGUCCCUAAUAAACAUAUCUUGGUUGGUCCUUGUGGGGAUGUUUCUCUCUAGCAGUUCAGCCAGCCACUUAGAACUGGCAAUGAAUUCCACAGCUUUAUCCCUAGUUGUGAUUGGAGGAUUUGUUGAUUAAAGGUUAUAAAAGAUAAUAUUUUUGUAGUGAUGUGAAAGACGUAUUCUUCUGUAUGGGAUAAUGAGUGUGCAUAGUAUGUGUUGUAGUAAGAUAGAUUUGUGAGAUUUAUUUUCAAGUUGAGGCCUACCCUUUCUUCAAGUUUUAAUUGCCUGUAUUUGUUUUCCUCUAGUACAUGUAUUUUGACCGCAUGAAAUGUUCUUUUUGAACUAAGGAUAAUGACCAUAGAGUGUUGACUUGCAUGCAACAUGGACACCUUAAUUGUAUAUAAAUCUUAAGUUUAUAAUGUUUUUAAUGAUAAUCAUAUCUUUUACAUUUUAAGUUGUGGUUUGUAAUUUAAUCUGUCAUUCCACCAGUACCCUAUACCCUUGCUGCUCUUCUAUGUUUUUUUUAUUUGUUUUUUCGUUUUUUUUUCAAAUGCAGAAUCCCAAAGCUGUAACAAUAAGUCUCUAAGAAAUCAUACCUAAAAUUUAAUCUAUAUGUGUUUAUUUUUUUGUUAUAACAGAGUUUAUUCUUGAAUUGUUAUGUAUUCAAUCCUUGUAAUUUAGAGCUAGUCCAAAUUGUAUACCUCGGGAGUUGAUUUCCUUUUUAUUGUAUGUUAGUUAAAUAGUGGUGUUUUGGGACUGAGCGCCAACUUUCAUAGGUAUUUGUAAGCAGAGAUAUCACAAUGUAAUGCAGUGUUACAGCUUUUGGUUUUCUUUUGGUCAGAAGGUUCAUCAUUUCUGUAAUUUUUCAUUUUACAAUUAUUGACUGAUUGUCUAUGAUCAGAAAUUGGGAGUCAUGCUGAUGUGAUAUUUAUCCUCUUUGAGUUUCACUAUGAUGAACCAAGUUCUGAGUUUUACUUUAUUUGUAACUUUUAAAAAACGGUACGGCCGCACCUUGUCGAAUGUAGCCUUUCAUACGGGCCGUAAUAUUUUGAUUUGUGUGUGCUGACUGAUUUGUUUGGCUAGUAUUGGGAGGAAACAUAACAACAGGCUUUCAGGACUCAGUUGUAAUGGCUAUGUUUAUUUAAUGUUAGGGACCAUCUCGGUGCAUGCAUGCAUGCAUGUGGAGGUAAAGUAUAUGAUGUUUUAAAAACUCUGCCCCAACCCAAUGUUAUAAUGCAUCCAAUUUUAAAAUGAAUGUAAUGGAUUGGACUGACUAAUCUGUGAGAUCUUAGUCAAAUUAGGAUUAAUCAUGCAUGGGUACAUGACUGGGUUAUGAAUUGACCUUUCAAUGUGGAGUAUGGACCAUAGGUCAUUCAGGGGGGGUAAAAAUGAGGAUCUUAUUUCAAGUCAAACCCCUUCUUCUUGUCUGGUUUGGCUAAGUGUUACCAUUAAUUUAUAGUGAAGCAUGUCUCUAUGCAUUUUGUAAUUUUUAAUACCAAAGAUUUCAGGCAAUUGUUCGUCCCUGCCUGGUGAAGCACAGCAUCAGCUGUACAACUGUUAAAAAAUCUGAAAUCAGUUUUCUCCAUGGCAAGCUGUUUAGAUUCUUGUCAACUUACCUUGGCGCCAGAGCUACCUGGCAGUACACAAAUUUGGGUUGAAAAGCAUUUUAUAACUAAGUUCAAUAGAACUACUAUGUACCCAUUCUGUACAUAGCUGUAAAAAAAAAUAUAUUUCAAGUCAAAAUUGGUGUUAUUGUUGUCACAUGGCUUCACUGUGACUGUUCCAACUUAAACUGAAGAACUUUCUUGAUUCAAAUUUAUUGGAUGUAAUAGGUAGCACAUGUAACCUCAACUUCCUGGUGGUGACCAAGCAAAGUAAUUUUUAAGACAACUCUUUUGACGGGCGGCUGAGGAUUGCAAUAGAGAAUGUAUGAGAUUAAUAUCCCAUUGUUUGGUUGGUUUGUUGCACAAUAUUGUUUUCAUAUAUUCAUGACAAGAAUUAGUAUGGGAAUGGAAAAAAAUUGCUCAAAAGUAACUCCUGAUUUUUUUGAUUUGUACAAAAGCAAAUAUGUUGUUUGACUUCAUUAGUUUUUAGUUGAAGAAAGUGUUGUACAGUGAUGUGAUAUAAAUUUUGGAUGGUUAAAGUUUAUCAGUUUUUAUGCUGCUGUACACUAAAAAACAGCAGUUUCAGAAAUCAAUAGAUUCAGUAGCAAAAUGUCAACAUUUUUUGUUGUUUCUUUUGUGGAAUGAUUUUUUUUUCCCUCAUAAAAGCCAUGCAUUGAAACUGCAGCCUUUUUUAAAAUUUUACUUUGUAAAGAUGAGGAAGCUGUUAACUUUCUUUAAUUUGUAAACAAGACAGUUCAGCUAUUCAGAAAUGAACUUAUUUCUCCUUUCAACCAGUGCUAUGCACAGAACUUGCAAUUUUUUAAAAAUUUCUUAUUGCAGUUGUUUGCUUGUCCUAUCCCGGUACUUGUACCAAAUACAGUCAACCUUACCUAGCCUUACAUGUGUCUUCAAAUUAAGUGAGAAUCUGCAUGGAUAUAAGUGGCUUCCAGAUUACUGUGCUCAUCAAAGAUAAGAAAUCGUGACAAAUAUUUUUGACUACAGCUUGGUUGUAGUCAGUGUUUGUCCAGAUUACUGUGCUCAUCAAAGAUAAGAAAUCGUGACAAAUAUUUUUGACUACAGAUUGGUUGUAGUCAGUGUUUGGAAAACUCUCUUACUGCACAGCUUUCUUUAAUUCAGUUCAUUCUCUAGUCAGUUCAGUAUUUGCUUUAAACCAUGCCUCGUCGAUUGUGUUCGAACCCAGAGAAACAUGGCCUUUAUGUUCUGUUAUAUUUUUCCAAUUGUGUUUUCUUUAAGUGAUAGUUUCACAUUCCCUCUUGAUACUGGUCUUAUUCAGUAAUAUGUGUCUUAGCGGAAUCUCUGUCUUCUUUUAAUGUGCUGUCAUGUAUAACUUUAAUUUCAUCUUCCAUUGAAGCCAACUAUAAUUGUAAUACAUUUUGAUACGCUAUUAACCUUUUCUUAAACACUUAGUGCACAGGCUUCAAAGACUUUGCUUCCUGUAUUGCAGGAAAAGUGAAGGCAAACAGACAGCACUAUUAUGGAUGUUGUGAAAUAAACAUAAUAAAUCUUA